CCGAGCGAAUCGCAUCGUAUUAAUACGGCGUACAAUCAGAAUACUGGACAAAAUAAAAAUGUUGGUGCUAAAACUUUUGAUUCUGCCUUUGCUGCUUUUUGGCAGUAAUCAGGCCACAGACUUACCCUAUGAAACGUUGAGGGAGCAGAUAAUGGAGGCCGAAAGAGCAGCCUCUCUCGGUGGGAACAUCUGGUUGUCGUCCGACGAGGAGAAGGCCAACAGCAUCCUGAUGAACGCCAAGAGGGCUGAGAUCGCCGAGGGCCUAAAAACCCCAGAGAAAUAUGCUCCGGCCAUGCAUUUCUUUCAGGGCAGGCAGUAUGUGCGCCAGAGCGAGGUGUUCCGGAUUAUCCAGAAGAUGCCCAAGGGUGCCUUCCUGCACGGCCAUAACACGGGCAUGGUCACUUCGCGUUGGAUCAUUACUAACCUGACCACCACAAACAAUCUCUAUACCUGUCGCAAUGUUGAUGGCUUGCUGGUAUUUACUUACGACCAGGCUGGAUGUCACAGCGAAGUCCAGAACGUGUGCACGGAGCGGAUCAAUGCCGAGGAUCGAGCCAAGUACGAGCGCCAAUUGGAAAAGCACAUAAACAUGCUCGGUCCCAGGCCAGAGGCCCUCCUGCCAAACCGGAAAAAGAUCUGGGAACGCUUUGAAAACAUAUUCACCACCGUAGAUCGCCUUUAUAAGUACAGACCCACUUACUGCACCUACCACAAGCGUCUCCUUGAGGAACUCUGUGAAGAUAAUAUUAUUUAUGCAGAAAUUCGCGCUUCUCUAUCCCCUCUAUACGACGACAACAAUCGCACCUUGAGCACUUUGGAAGUGGCCAACGAACUGGAGAGAAUUGUGGAGGAAUUCAAAGCUAAGCACCAUGACUUUGUGGGCUUGAAAGUCAUUUACGCUAAACGGAAUCGAGCCUCCGAGGAAGAAAUGCUGAGACGAAUAACUACCUUCAAGCAAUUGCACCACGCCAAACCAAACUUUGUGAUUGGAUUCGAUUUGAUUGGCCAGGAAGACACAGGAGAUCCACUGAACAAAUAUAUAAAUCAAUUAUCCGACCUACCAAGUACAGCUAACUACUUCUUCCAUGCCGGCGAGACAAAUUGGAAUGGUCGGACGGACUGGAAUAUGAUGGAUGCCAUUCUGCUAAACACGAAACGCAUUGGACAUGCCUACGCCCUGCCCAAACAUCCGCAACUAUGGUCCACGAUUAAGAAACGCAACAUUGCCGUCGAGGUGAACCCAAUUUCCAACCAGGUUCUGGGUUUCGUUUGGGAUUUACGCAACCACCCGGCAAGCUUCCUGAUCGCCGAAAACUUUCCCAUUGUCAUCUCGGCCGACGAUCCGGGCACCUGGGGUGCCAAGGGGCUCAGCUAUGAUUUCUACUAUGCCUUCAUGGCCCUGGCUCCGGCGGAAGCGGAUCUGCGUUUUCUCAAGCAACUGGCUUUGAACUCGCUCAAGUACUCCGUACUGACCUCGGACGAGCGACGGAAGAUCAACAGGGUUUUCCAGCGCAAGUGGCAGGAGUUUAUUGCAAAUAUGUUGAAUCCAAAGUUUUGAGAUUAUAAAACAGUCACUAGUUUAAUUUAACAUCUAAGAAAUUUCUUAAAUUAAUA